AUGUCCAGAUACGCUGCCGUCCACCAAAACCCCCAAGGCAUGGGCGACGCCCGUCCCACGGCCUUGCAAAUCGUCGAGGACGAAGGCCUGGUUGGAAAGCUCGUCGGCAAGACGGCCCUCGUGACGGGCGCCAACCAGGGUAUCGGCCUCGAGACCGCCCGCGCCCUCUACGCGGCCGGCAUGACUGUCUUCCUGGGCGUCCGAAGCCUCGAAAAGGGCCAGCGGGCCAUCGAGGACAUCACGGCCUCGGCGACCGCGGACGUGAAAGGCGGGCUGCACAUCGUCAAGAUGUCCCUCGACAGCCUCGACUCGGUGCGGAGCGGGGCAGAAGACUUCCUCGCCCAGAGCCAGGGCCGCCUGAACAUCCUGAUCCUCAACGCAGGCAUCAUGGUCGACGCCAAGACGAAGACGGCCGACGGCUUCGAGUCGCACCUCGGAACCAACCACGCCGGCCACUUCCUCCUCUUCCAGCUCCUCAAAGCAUCCCUGCUCGCCUCCGCGACGCCGGCCCUCAACUCCCGCGUCGUGGUCGUCGCCUCGAUGGCGCACCGCGCGAGCGAGAUCCGGUUCCACGACCUUCACUUCGACGAGACCGGCGCCUUCGAACAGCAGCCCCUCGCCGCGUACGGACAGUCCAAGACGGCCAACAUCUACACGGCGAACGAGAUCGAGCGGCGCUACGGCCCCCGCGGCCUGCGCGCGCUCUCGGUGCACCCGGGCGCCAUCCCGACGGAGAAGACGCGGGACCGGGUCGACGUCGAGGCGAUGAAGGCGCACAUGGGGGAGGAGGCUUUCGCGAGGCUGAUGGCCGGGCUGAAGAGCCCGGCCCAGGGCGCCGCGACGACAGUGUUCGCGGCGCUGAGCCGGGAGUGGGAGGGCAAGGGGGGCCGGUACCUCGCUGAUUGCGCCGAGGCGGGGCCGGCGCCGGCGGGGUACUCCAUGACCUCGACGGACCCGGGGUACGCGCCGUGGGCGUACGACGCGGAGAAGGCGGCGCGGCUGUGGAGGGAGUCGUGUAAGAUGGUCGGCGUGGAGGAGGAGAAGGAUGCGUGA